UGUUGUUGGAUUGCCGAAUGGUGCAGAAUGGUGCAUUUAUAGAACCUUUGAAGGAAACAUUCUGGUGGUUUUCCUGCGGCAAAUAGUGGAGAAAGGUUUCGGAACGUUCCGUGCGUGUUAGUGUUUUCCCGACCUGACCACCGGCCACACAAUCAUUACAUAACGUUCGUUCCAACGAUGGGAGGCGGUACAUCGAAGGCCGACGCUGGACCGGAGGCUCGUAAGCAGCCGGAUCUGACCCGUUUCAAAGCGCGCGUAGAUCGGGUGUACAUCGGUGGCCUGAGCCGGACGUACGACGAUUAUGUACAGCGUGCCGCAAGACACCUGUUUAAAGCGACCAAUUUUCAGGAUGUCAUCAUCGAAACGGCCAACGUGAAAGAUGAGCUGCUCCGGUUGGGAAUCUAUAAGAAUCUGCGGAUCUCGAUCGACACCAGCAAGGGUGACGGUGCAUCACCAAAUGGAUACACCGUGGCGUUUCAGGGCGAAGAACUGUCACGGAUCACGGGCAGCGUUGGUGUCGAAGUUGGCCAAAACGAUGGUGCUGCAACGACCGAGCUGGUCACGCCGAACUUAUUUGGGCGGGGAGAACGAUUGAGCCUCAACUGGAGCCAUAGUUACGUGCGUAACAGUGUGCUAAAUCUGAAGCUCACCAAACCGUACCUUCAUACGGCCGUCGGUGAUUACGAACCGGAAACCUCGAUUACCAUUUUCCGUCAUUCAUCACCAUCGCCGUGGGCCAAGUACCGCACCGAAGACAACGGCAUGUUACUUGACUUUUCCUUUGCGAUCCCGGGGCUACGAUUCAACAACAGCCUCCAGUACGAGCUGGGCAUGAAGGAACUGUUCGCGAUAGACAAACAAACGCCCUUUUUCGUGCGCGAACACUGUGGUCCCCGGUUAGCUUCGACCUUCCGCUACAUCUGCCAGUUUGAUGGUCGGGACGAUAACGUAUUUCCGGCGAACGGUGCAUUCGUGAAAAGCACGACCGAACUAACCGGCAGCCGGUUGUCGCAGCUGGGAAUCGUGCGCCAGGAUUUGCAUGCCGAGCUGAACGUUCCACUGUUCCUCGGUAUGUCCCUGCAGCUGUGUGGCCGCGUUGGCACGAUACUUCACGACAAAAAGAAGGAAGCGCUCCCGAUCAAUCAGCUGUUUUUCCCCGGCGGCCCGCAGUCGCUGCGUGGAUUCGAGUUAGCCGGCGCCUGUCCCCGGAGGGACGGUAUUGCGGCCGGCUGCCAGUCCUAUUGGGCGACCGGGUUGCACCUGUGGAGUCCGCUACCGUUCAACCAGUACUUCGGUGGGUUCGGAAACCUCUUCCGAACCCAUGCAUUCUACAAUAUAGGCACUUGCAAUAGCUUUACAACCGAUAAACUUCGCAGCACAGCCGGUGUCGGACUUGCGCUGAGGAUGGGCCAGAAGGCGCGCAUCGAGUUCAACUACUGCCAGCCGCUUUCAUAUGAAGUAGGCGAUCGGGUCGUGAAAGGUUUCCAGUUUGGCAUCGGUUUCGAUUUUGUCUAAGAAACUCAGACCAGGAGGACCAUUCGCAAUGGAGCAGAUACAGUUUGGUUCACCGUUUCCCACUGCUUUUGCAUUUCCGUCUUUGUUAUGUUUGGCAUUACGUUUUGAAACUGUUGCUUUUGCUCUCCCCUUCCGGAUCGAUGGGAUCGGCAUGGACACCUCUGUUUGAUCGAUCAUUUAGCGGGUCAAUUCCGCCGCAUUGAACUUUUCACACGCAUUUCCUAUAUGUUUUUAUCCCUCAACCGAUCGUGUCCUCACCCACACAAGUCAGUAUGGUUAAGUUAAAAAUGAAUUGAAAGUGAAAAUAGAUAAAUAAAAA